UUAUUUUUCACAUACCUCAUACUUGAUACUCAUAGCUUAUUAGUUGUUAUGGAAGUUGUUUCUAUUAUAAGAGUGCAAUUGAGUGCAAUGAUGUGUCAGCGAUAAUUAUGAAUAAAUUUUAAACAAUUUUAAUUGAAGUGUUCGACAAAAAUUAGUGAUAAAUUUCAACGAAAUGUUUCAAUGAUAUGCUUAUCACGGUGAUCGGAAUGUUCGGUGGUGUAGCCUAAUUACAUAUAACAAUGAAUGUAGUGUAAUUUAUUCGUCAACAUGUUAAUAAUAUCCAUCUGUGAUUUAAAGCUUUUCCUUUUAUUAUUAUUGUUUUUCAAUGUCGGAGUGUUCUGUGAAAAUGGUGCUCUUCCAUCUGCGAGCAGAUACGUCCCCAAGCCUGCUGCAGAAAGCAUUACAGAAAAACAAUCAGGGGCAGAUGACUCCGAGUCUAUAUUAUUCGAGAGCUGUUACGAUGAUAUGGCAUGUCUGAUUCGUACCUCCGAAGAUAGACAAGGUCUGGAGGCCAUUCGUGCACUUCAUCGUCAACUUGAUGAUGAUGCCAAUGGGGCCGUGGAUUUAUCCGAAUCUAAUGACUUUUUAAGAGAAGAACUUAAGUAUGAAAAUGGAGCUGAAAGAAGACAGAAAGCGUUUCACAAAAAUGACGACAUGCAUAUUUCAGUUAAAGAACUUUGGGAAGCUUGGGUCAAAUCCGAAGUGCACAACUGGACUGUGGAACAGACAGCCGAAUGGUUAUCGGCAAAUGUAGAACUGCCUCAAUACGUGCCUUCGUUUAUAAUUAAAAGAGUCACCGGUGCACAUUUGCCUAGGCUAGCCAGUGGCAAUGGACAGUAUAUAACCAAUGUCCUUGGAAUUAAAGAUCCUAUUCAUAAGCAGAAAAUUAUGCUGAAGGCUAUGGAUGUUGUCUUGUUUGGACCACCGAAAGCUGACAAUAUUAAUUAUUUGAAGGAUCUCAUUCUAAUAUCAUUAUUAAUGUCCGCAUUGAUUGGAUGCUAUUACGGAUACCGUCGCAGUAGAAAUUCAACUAAUCGUUUAUAUCAUAUGAUGAAAGACAUGGAAAGUUUACAAAAAGCCGAAUUGGAUUUGAAAAACUUACAGAAAGAAUUGGAACGCGCCAAACUAGAACAAGAAAACGUCACAACUGAAAAACAAAAUCUGGAAAAACGUCUGAAAGAACAAUCAGGCGAUGGAUCCGAAAUUCAUAACUCCAAUUGUUGCUUAGAAACGACUCAACUAAAAGCUGAAAUCGAGAUGCUGAGAAACGCAUUACAACGAGCCGAAGGAGAAUUAGUAGAUCGAUACUGGUCCCCGCCACCUGCAUUGCAGUUAUGGUUGCAGCUUACUCAUGAAAUCGAAAACAAGGCUUACGGUUUGAAAAAAGCCUCAGCUGAGAAGCAGCUACAAACAGCUCGAGAGGCUUGUGAAAAACUAAAAAGAAAAAGAUCAAGUCUCGUCGGAGCUUUCGUAUCGACGCAUGGUAAAUCAAUCGAUGACGUUGAUCGAAGUAUUGUCGAUGCCAGAACGGCGUUGAACGAAGUUACUCAAGAAUUAGCUGAAAGAGUCCACAGAUGGAAACAAAUAGAAAAUUUGUGCGGCUUCAAUGUUAUUAAUAAUAAAGGAUUAGGGUAUCUGGAAAGCGUACUCUAUAGAAAUUCAGUUAAUGGACGAAAUCUCGGCUUUAGAGGUCGUAUGAGUAGUCAAGAUAAUUUAGAAGAUGACACUGUCAGUAAUUACUCUGUACCAACUGGUAUAUCGUUUACCGACCGCGCAGCUUUCGAAAAUUUCAAUACUUGGACGGAGGGCCAAGAAACAUCGGAUAGCGAGAAAUUAGAUCAUGAUGAAGAAGAUGAUUCCUUACGUUCAAACGUACAAUUUACCUUAGGUGCUAACGAUGUUGAAGAUAUUCGCAGAAGUAACCCUGUUCUACCCAUACAUUCCAAUUUGCGCGAAAAAGAAAAGGAUAUACCAGCCAGCUUUCCUGCUCGAACAGGGCGUAGCAUUACUAGGUCUUUCACAGAAGAUCAAAAUGGAUCUUCUUUCGAAUCAGAGCUUGCAAAUAAACAGAGUCAUUCGUCGAAUAAUUUAGAUAAUACAGCGGCAGCUUAUAUACAAAAAAUAAGAAGACCUCCUCGUAAAGCUGAAUUAAUCCAUUCGCAUUCGGUCGCGACGACCAUAGAUGAUGAAACAGGUUCAACGGAUUCUAAUCCGAAUACAUCUGAAGAACAUGUUUCUGAAUCAACGAAGAAAAAAAAUAAAAAUAAAUUUUUGUCGAAAUUUUCUCGCAAAAUUUCUAAAAAUUCUUCGGCUAAUAAUUCCCAAUCAUCUAUACAUUUAAAACACGAGUGAGUCUCGUUAUGUUUUUUUUUAAAUCGAGCUUCUCUGGUCAGAAGAACGUUUAUAUGUAUUUUUCAAUCGUAUAAAUUGAACAGGUGUUUUGGUUGUGAUAUGUGUCUGAAGUGUGGUUUGAAUUGUAAUUCAGUUGCUGUGUAGUUUAUAAGUUGCGGAUUAUCUCCUCAAAAUUAACUAUCUGUGAUAUUUCAUUUUAAUAACAAUUUCUUUUUUUAUAAGAUUUACAUCACGAGAUAUAGAGAUAAUUAAUUUUCAUGAUUUGUCAAAACACCUAAAUGGUUAAAUAAGGUUGUUAUUCGUUUAUUCUAUAGUUGAUCUUUAACGAUUGGUUGAGUAGUUGAUCGAGUUUUAUUUGGUUUUAAAUAUUUCAUUUGCAAAAUUAUAAUUUUCUUCCAAAAACUGAAAUUUUGUGCAUUUUUUGAAAGUUUGUUAUAAGUGAAUUUUAUGUAGUAUGGAAAACUGUUAUUUUACUUCUUCUUAGUUUUCCAUGUAAAUUAAAAUCGAAUCUAGUAAAGUAAAAUUACACUUUCGGACGAUAAAUUUCUCUUCGUCUCAAUUUUAAAAUAAUUUUUUUAGUUUCUCUAGUAAGGCUUAUUCUUCUUGUGUCAGUUUCGGCAACUUAGAGAAGAUUUUGCAAAUUUAAUCUGAAAUAGGUUUCUUAAUGGGUAGGAAUAAGGAUCAAGAGAGCAGCUGAAACUCGAUCAAUUAUCCUAUUAACCAAAAUACUUGAAACAAUAUUCAGUGGUUAACCGAUCAAUGAUGUAGUGCUUUCAUCUCGUAGAUUAUCUGGACAAAAUAGAGCGUACGUUGGCAUAGGUUUUCAAUAGAAAUGACAACUUAUUUUAGGUAUAAUUAUCUGAAGUAUGAAAAUGAAAAUGAAAAAAAAAAAUUUGAACCAAGCGAGUGAUCCAUGCUCAAAAGCUGUAUUGCUGAAUAUUUAUUGUCCCUUGUUUUUAUUGAUUAUUUUCCUUAGAUCUUGUAGCUAUACUGCUAUAGUAUAGCUACAUGCUCAAAGUUAUUUUCCCCAAUUAUGUAUUGACAUUUCAAAUGUUUCCCUAAAUUUUUCAGUACAGUAAUCAAAAAAAUGAAUUUUGUGUUAUUUCAUUCAAGUCAAAUUUAACUUGAAGUGAUACAGUUAUUGGACUGAAACAAAUUUAUAUAUUAAUUUUUUUCAUUAGCUUUGAAUAUUUUGCAUUUGAAUGAAUUUGAAAAUCGUUUUUUACUCGAAUGAAGAACUAUUUUGAAUAAAUUGUUUCCUAAUAAAAAUGCUUUUAUUUAUUAUGUAUGCGUCAGCUAGUAAAGUAAAAGCCUCAGUACUUACCUUGUUUAAUAAUAUAUCAUUUUGUAAGAUUUGUAGAAGGCAUUUUUAAAUGUUCUGUGUUAUUGUUUUUGUUCAUGUUGUUUUGUAUGUGCUUAUUUUUAAGUACCUAAUGUAAAAAAUUUCUUAUUUUUAAGUAUUUUCUCAUUUCUGAAUGCAAAUUUUUGAACCUUUUAAUCAUAACUCAUAAUCAUUAUUAUUUAGGUACUUGAAGUAUGUAGUAUAUCGUUAUUAUUAUAUGAUUAUUGCGUUUUCGUUUCGUAUUUGAUUUUAAUUUAAAUCUGUGAAUAGGGUAUUGUAUUUACGCUUUUGUGAUAGAAAGUCUCAUUUUAUUUGUGAAUGAUGAUUGAUUCUUGUGCGUGUGAAAAUUGAAAUUGUAAUAAUUUUUUUAUUCAUGCUAAAUUUGUUAUUAAAUUAUUGUUGUUCGUAAUUCAUUUGUCAUUUUUAAAGUAUUAUUAGGAUGCAUAUAGGCAACUAGAAAACUCCUUUAAUUAUGAAUAAUUGUGUACUCGAAGUUGAUCUGAAUUAUAAUUGAUAUCUUACCGCGA